AUGCCGGAAAAAGCCAAAUUGGGUCUUCUUCAGCUGCGCCGAAGCGAUCUUUGCCGCUCGCAUUCAAGGCUUCGUCGACGCUGCUUUUCUUCUGCUCCUCUCUCUUUGCUUGACUCUACUCUCUCUAAUACUCUACUCUACUCUCUCUACCCUCCCGGUUCAUGCGCGGGCUGCCCUGCAAUGUUCCUCCCUCUGCCCUCAACCGCCCUCUUCUUCCGAUCCGCAUCUCGCCCUCCCUCCUCCUCCUCCUCCUCCUCCCGCAGAUCUCCGCCCAACCAAGAUCGCAGCUCCUGCGAUGAUCCCUCCCACCGCAACCACAACCUCCCUAUGAGAGACCAGAUCGUCCGUCGCUCGUCCUCCUCCUCUUGCGUCUCGGCCUCUUCCCUCUCUUCCCAGCCACCGUCUCCGGAGAAAAUCGAGAACGUCUACCUCGUGGCUGCCUGCCGGAGAAACGGCAGGUGUCUCAACCUCAUUCCAAACAAUCUCGAUGGUGAGCUCUCAUCUUUCCUUUCUCUGUCUUCUUCUUCUCUUCAAUCCUCACAAACAAGUAUGCUAACCUCCCGUGCUAUUCCAGACGAAUACACGUCAUUUCCCUCCCUCGAGCAGUCCGCUGAUCCCUCAACGGCUUCCUCGGACAGGCGCCGAUGA